AUGGAGGAGAACGUUACGGGGACAACGUCGACAGCAUGGAAGACAAUAUGGAAACUGAAAAUCCCGCCUAAUGUGAAGAAUUUUUUAUGGAGGUGUUUGCAUGGAGUUCUACCCACUUUGUCUGUGUUAGCGAGUCGUCAUGUUGAGGUGGACACCAUUUGCCCCCUCUGUCACCUUUAUGAUGAAUCUUUGAGGCAUCUAAUGUGUGAUUGUACCCAUGUUGCUGCUCUUUGGCAAUCUCUUCCAAAUUGUUUGAUGCCUAUAGGUGAUGAGGAUUUUGGAGAUUGGCUAGCAGGAACAUUAAUGGGAGAUGAAAUUGUUAUGAUCCAAUGUGCUGCUAGGCUUUGGUGUAUUUGGUGUGAACGAAACUGUGUGGUUUGGUCUCAAAAGAAUUGGAAUGCAGCAGCUGCUAGUAUGGAAGCUCUUAGAAUACUGGAAAGUUGGCAGCCCCUUACUGGGAACCGCCUAUCUGCUUCAGCUCUAAAUUCGGCCGCACGAACUCAUGCAGUAGUCCCAGAUGAUGCUUUCACUUUGUUGGUUGACGCGGCUGUAUUCCCGAACGAUGGCCUAGCAAGCUAUGGAGUUGUCCUAAAGGACAGUGAUGGCAAUUAUGUUGCGGUGAAGAAUGGUCCAAUACGGUGUGUACAGGAUGCCCACCUGGCAGAGGCUAUCGCGAUUAAGGAGGCUCUUUCGUGGGCUUAUGAACGACGGCUUUCGAAUGUGGUGGUUCUAUCUGAUUGCCAAACCGCCUGCAAGUUCUUUAAUGGUUCUCUUUUGGAUUUUUCCAGUGCGGGUUGCGUUAUCCAGCAAUGCCGCGUCCUUAGAUGA